CGGGCUAAGUGGGGAAAACCCAAGUAAACAAUAAAGUCUACAAACUGAAUAUACCAAUUAUUUGCUUACGAUGUGUCUUGGAAAGUGGAAAGCCUCAGAUACUGGACUUAUAGAGAUGUCAUAACUUCAUAGGUGUAAUUACCUCAAAAACUCUUAUGUCGAAAACAAAUGUGACUUUCCGUACGAAGUAAGUGCAGCCAUGACAACACGACUGACCGCCGGCGGUACGUUGUGCCUUGUCUUUGAAUUGUUUAUGCUAUGGUCAGUUUGUGCGGGUUUGCCCUUGACCGAAAUGACCAAGCUUAUGAGUAGGGAUAUGUCAGCAGAACUAAAAUCCUUGAUGAGGAACUGGGAGUUGGACUUCGUCCGACGAUUGGACGGACUCGCCACAGGCAAUAUCCCGACAAGGCAACAUGAUGGCGUAGGAUCCAACAUCUGCUACGGCGACCUUGGUUGCUACAGCACUGGAGCGCCUUUCUUCAGUCAGUAUAGACCAAUUAACUUCCUGCCUGCGCGCCCAGACCAGAUCGACACGCGCUUUCUAUUAUACACCCGAGGCAACAGGGAUACGGUUCACUACCUCAACCCAAAAGACUCCAACAGUAUCACAAAUUCUCCAUUUUCCGGAAGUAGGCAGACCAAGUUUGUCACGCAUGGCUUCCUGGAGAAUGGACAAGUCGCUUGGUUACACGACAUAAAGAACGAGUUCCUGCAUGCCGCGGAUUAUAAUGUGAUCAUUGUUGGUUGGGGCGGCGGGUCGGGGCUGCCGUACACCCAAGCUACCGCCAACACCCGGGUUGUGGGAGCCGAGAUCGCCCGGAUGAUCCACCUCUUACAGCAAUACGGCGGCGCACACUCCCUCGACAUCCACGUGAUUGGUCAUAGCCUAGGGGCCCACGUGGCUGGUUACGCAGGCGCAAAGACGCAGAAUCUCGGCAGAAUCACAGGACUGGAUCCUGCUGAUCCGUAUUUUCAGUAUACGGAUCCGGAAGUUAGACUUGACCCCACCGACGCCACGUUUGUUGAUAUAAUCCAUACAGACGGAGAAAGCAUCCUUCAGUUGGGGUACGGCAUGAAGGAGCCAUGCGGUCACGUGGAUUAUUACCCCAAUAGUGGACAGGACCAGCCUGGGUGUAGCAAGGAUGUUAUCGAGAGCGUCACAUUCGAGGGAGACUUGUACAAUGGCGGCAAAGAGUACUUAGCGUGUAACCAUCUGCGGUCUUACAAGUACUUCAAGGAGUCUAUUAACAGCAUAUGUCCUUGGCAAGGAUACAGAUGUGACAGUUACGACAACUUCAAGCGAGGGAGAUGCAUGUCUUGUUCCAAUGGUGGGUGUGGCUACAUGGGUCUCCAUGCCGACCGGGUAAAGCCGCCUCACGGAACUAGCCAUGUCAAAUAUUAUCUGGAAACCGGAAGUGCUGCUCCUUUUUGCAGGUACCAUUAUUCCGUCCGCGUGUCGUUUGGCAACCCCAGCGGAGCCCAUUCCUGGUCCGGUCACCUGUUCGCCAGCAUACACGGCGCCAACGGUCAGAUACAGAAUAAGCAACUGACCAGUGAUCCAGUUUCUAUAAACCCAGGGACGACGUUUGGCUUUGUUGUGACGUCAACGGCUGACCUCGGGAAGGUCACUGAUGUUGACAUUAAGUGGGAACAUCACCGUAACUUACUGAACCCGUUGUCAUGGAACCCAUUCAACCUGCGCCACCCAUCUGUUUAUGUGUCCCGCAUACAGGUUGUACAUGGAGAGUCUAACGCACAGUUCAACUUGUGUGGCUUUACCAGGGACACGAGUAUUGAGACGGAGGGUACAAUGAAUUUCGCAAAUACUUGCUAAUUUUCAUAUAACUGUGUAAACAUGUUUGUUCAAACGAAGAUUUGUCAAGUGCCGUUGAUAUAUCAUUGGCAUUUGCUUUUGCAAUAACAUAUUUGAGAAUGUAGCAUCUAAUGAAUCUGUAAUAAAGAAUUUAAACUUA